CUGGAGAAGAAGGUGCCACGGACGAUCGAGAACACCAGGGAGGUCGAUGAGACGGUUUGUCGACCUGAUGAUGAAGAGGUAAAAAACUCUUCCUGCCACACCUGAAUUGGGUCGAUAGAUAAGAGGAGAGAGCAGCAGGAGUAAGAUCCAUCGAAGUGGCCUGGAAGCGAUGGCUCUCCUCCUCAACUCAUCCUUGAUUCCCGUGAAGUGGGAGAAGAAGUUCAUUUCCAACCCUCUCAUCCCAUCUUCUUCCUCUUCUGAUAACAACAAGAGCAAGCGGAAGUCUGCAGUCGCUGUCAAGCGAAUCCAAGCCUGCCUUAACCCAUUCGAGGAUCCCAUCCUCAAAGAUGCCCUCAAGGAACCGGUGGCCUUCAUGGGCGGGGUGUUUGCUGGCUUUCUGAGGCUCGAUCUGAACGAGGACCCGCUCAGGGACUGGAUCUCGAAGACGGUCGAAGCUUCCGGAAUCGCCGCCGACGGUGAGAUCGAUGCGGAAGGGGCCGAGGUGGAAGCCGAGGAUGAUGCUCCUCGGCAGAUCGAGAUCGAAUAAGGUCUCCGGUUUCUUGAUUCCAUGUUCUUAAUGGAGUAUUGGUUAUAUUAUUACCUUUCCGUGAACUUAUCGAUGGUCUAGAAAUGAGAUCGAACCUAUUUCAGUGAUAGGGGAAAUACUGAUACCGCUGUGGUCAGAUAUUUGUUUGUUGAGAAGACGGGCCGGAGUAUAAGAUCCGGAUCCGUUCCGAUAACAGAACCGACUUCUUUAUUAUUAUUUACUAUUAUUGAUUUUUCUGGAAUAAA